CGAAUUCGAAGUUAAAGGUAGAUAGUAGACGGAAAGCGUUACAUUUUUCGUGUGUGUGUGUGCGAUAGAAACGUUCAAGUAAAUAGAAGCGAAAUGAAGUGUGCUGCCCUAAUCACCGCCAUCGUGCUCGCAACCCUCUGCGCUGCCACAACAACAACCUACGCGGAAUCCGUGCUGGAUAACGCGGCGAUCGCAGCGUCCACGAACGAUGAGCAGCUGGAUGCGGCAGCCAGCAGCUUAAAUCCCUUGGAGGAUACACAUAAGCAGGAGAAACGUUAUGUUGGUGGCACAUGGGAUCCGUACUCGUCGCGACUAGGACUCGGUUUGGAGGGCAGCUCGCUGUAUAAUUCCGGCUAUGGUGGUUAUGGCAACUACGCUGGCUACAGCGGCCUUGGUGGACUCGGCACCGCCGGAUAUGGUGGUUACGGCGCUUACGGCGGCUAUGGGAAUAACGCAGGCUACGGUUCUGCCGCCGGCUAUGGUCCCUAUGGCGGCUAUGGCAGCCCUUACUCCUACUAUAAUGCACGUUUUGGUGGCGGUUAUCCCUACUCGCGUUUGGGUUACAAUUAUCCCUCCAGUUACUACAGUGGCUACUCCAAUAGCGUGGUGGGCGGUGGACUGGGCGCUCUUGGCGCUGGGGUAGUACCACCUGUGGCUGGCGUCGGUGGCGCAGGAGGCUAUCAGUAUGGGCCGGGCAUCUCUGGCACAGUGUACUAG